AUGAACUUGCCCGUUGAACGCCGCGGUCCGUACGCUCCCCGCAUUCUCCGUCAGAAGCCGCUCGCCCCCGUGAACCCUAUCGGCCCAGCCAUGCCGCCCUCAGACCCCUCCGACUCCCAGCCGCCUCCGGCACAGGACGGCGUCAGGCUCUCCGAUGUGAUGGGCCGCGACAGGAGCAUCAACGUCUUCGCCAGCUUCACUCGCGACAUCGAAUCCGCUUCUCGCAGGUUAGACGACCAGACUCAGAACACAACGGUGCUUGCGCCGCUAAACUCCGCCGUCGAGAACUUGCCGCGAAAGCCCUGGGAAGACCCCAAGGAGUACCAGCACUUUGGCGAAAGCGCCUAUGAGGGUGGUGAUGGGCAAGAGAGAGCGCAGAGAAACAUUCGCAGAUUUGUUGAGGCGCACAUGGUCACCGUCAGCCCAUGGCCCGAAAACCACAAGGCCAAGGCGAUAGGUGAUGAUAGAGAUAUCUGGUGGGAGAGUAAGGACGGCACCAAAUUUAUCCAGCCUGGCAACAUCGAGGUUAUCAACGUCGCAAGCACCGUCGCUAAUGGUGAAGUGCAAGCCAACCAGGGCGCUCUGGAUCACAGACUGAUUGGUGCGCAGUGGAUCAUCAAGGAAGUCCGCAACUAUAUCUGA